AGAUGCGCAUGGCCGGUCAGCUCAUGAUGAAUGCGCUCGCCGCCAUCUCCAACGAAGAAGCAGUUCCCAAAGAAGACCACGAGAAGGACAUGCACACACGCGUGUCUAUGACCCAUAAAGCCAAUGCAGCAGGUGUGAGCGGUAUCAAUGGAGGCAUGGGCGGGGGUCUCCAUGCGGGUGAUAGUACUGAACGGUCAUCGUCUGGGGUACCGGCCCCGCGGAGAUCGGCGACGGCCGAUAGGAUUGCGAGUAAUGUUAUGGGCGAAUUG